AUGGUCGAGUUUUUUGGUGGUCGAACUGCUUCCAUUGCAGAGUUCCAAUCACAUCAUCUCAACAACCUUGGCAAUAAGCAUUCUGAAUGUGUCUGCCAAAGACAAUUCAGAGGAAAAACCAUCCUCGACCAGAUCUUCCAAGCCCUCGCUAACAUCAACUUUUCGAAGGGCUAG